AUGGUAAUGAGUAUUAAAAAUGACGUGAUAACAACAGGAACACAAGGCCCAACAACAACAGCAACAAAAGAGUAUAGAAGCAGCUAUAGUAAUAAUUGUGAUAAUAAGAAAGAAAUAACAAAUAGUUAUAUUACAACAAAUGGUACUGAUAUUAUACCAUCAUCAUUACCAUCUUCAUCAUCAUUACCCAUUAUUAGAAAUUCUCCGUCUAUUAUAAAUGAUUAUAAUACAAAAACAACAAAUGUAGCAGGAGUAAUACCAACAUCUAGAACUGACCAUACAUUAUUACAUUCUCCUAGUACUGAUAUUAUUAUUAGUAACACUGCCACCACAAAUACUCUCACCAAUACUGUUGCAAAAAAGAAUCGAUCUUUAUGUAAAAAUCGUAGUAGCAGUUAUAAUCUUAAGAAAACAUUUUCUAAAAAUAAAAAUAAAUAUAAUGAAACAGAAUGUAAUCUCAUACAUAAAUAUCAGGAAGAAGAAUAUGCAAGUAAAUAUAAUUAUUAUUAUUAUAAAAAGAAUGUUAAAAAGGAUAAUAAUCCACAAAUCACAAGGAUCAUCAAUAGCAAAGAAACAAAUAGUGAUAUUAUUACAGAAUUUAGCCAUCAAAAUAAUUAUAAAUAUAAAAAUUCAACUUUUAAUAAAUCAACUCAAACAACAACUACAGCAACAACUGCAACAGCAACAACAACAUCAGCAAAUAGAAAAUUAUCUUUAUUACAAUUACCAGAUCAAACCAUCAACAAUCGUAUACCAACAGCACCACCUAUUGAAUCAGAAAAAAAAAGUCAUCUUACAUCACGAUCAUUACAAUCGCCCGACUUACAGCGACGUAUACCAUCACCACGACAAACACCACAGCCAACACCUCCACCACCACCACCACGAAAAUCAUCAACAAGAGAAAAUUUCAAAUUUUCAACUCCUCAUUCAAACUAUCAUAAACCAGUUCUUUAUAAUUUUUGCCAUCAAACCGGAUACUUUAAUAACCAAGGACAAAAUCAAAAUUUUGCCAAUUUUUUUAUCAAUAAUACAACAAAUUGUGAAAUUAAAACAAAUACAACAAGUUGUAAUAGCGAUAGUCACAUUAGUGAAAAUCAUAUUAUUAAUUCAAACACAUACUAUCGUUAUCAUCCCCACAAAUACAAUUACGAUCGUCCAUCAUCACCGCCUUUAUCAAUUUCUAAUAGCAAUACAAAAAUUCUUUUACCAACGUUGUUACAUCAAUCUUCCACAAUAUCCAUUGCAAAUAGUAAAGCUUCAUCUACAACAAUACUAUCGUCAUCAACACCAAGGCGAAACAUACCAACUGAAACAAAAUCAAACAAUAAGUCAGAAUCAAAUAAUAUUAUUACCAUUUCAAGUAAAAGAAAUAAAAAAAUUCAGGAAGUACCAUUGUCAUCGUCAUUAUAUUGUCAUCAGAAGCGUCAAACCGAAAACGAGAAUAUUAUCAGACUGCAAAAAAAACAGCAACAGAAACAAAUUUAUUUCAAUAAAGAAAAAGAAUCUUUAUACUAUCAGGAACAACCGAAAGAACAACAACAAAAACAAGAAGAAUAUCAAGAAGAACAACAAAAUAAAACAAUUGAAAAAAAUCAACUGCAACCGUGCCAUCUUAUAUUUUAUGAAGAAAAAAUCAAAGGACUAUACGACGACCAAUAUAACUAUCAUCAACAGCAAAAAUAUAACCACCGUAAACAUCAACAACUACAGCAAUAUUACCAUCAAGAUUAUCAAAAUAAUAAGCAACAACAACAGCAGCAGCAGGACCAAACAAAUCAACCAAAUAAAACAGAAACAAAAAUUUUCAUUGUCAACGAAAAAUUUAACGAAUAUAAUAAGGAAGCUACAUUAUUGCCAACAACAACAAUAACAAGAAGAAGAAAUUCAUUAUCAACGGCAACGGCAGCAACAACAACAACAUCACCAUCAUCGUUUGUCGGUACUUUACCAAAAAAGAAGACAAAGUCAAAAAUUUAUGGUUUUAUGAAAGAUUUUUUAAAGAAAAAGUUUUGCAAUAAUACCAAUUCUUUGAAUUUAAAUAAGGAAGAAGGCAUCUACGUUGAGCUUCCAAAUAACAUUAAAGUGAUAAGCAGUAACUUUGUAAAUAAUAAUAAUAAUAGUAGCAACAACAAUAAUAACAAUAAUAAUAAUACAAAUAAUUAUACAAAUAAAAAUAAAUACGAUAAUAGGAUUAAUAGAAGAUUUGACGUCAUGCAAGACGUCCGAUUACGUUUUGAACUUCAAUCAUCACCAUCAUCAAAUACGAAUAAUGGAACAGCACAAACAGUAACAAUUACACAACAACAACAACAGCAACAACAAACAGCAGCAGUAGCAGUUGCAGCAGCAGCGGCAGCAGUAGCUGCACAACAACAACAACAACAACAUAAUUCAUUAGUACAUCAAUUGCAAUUGAAUCAUCAUGCAUCACCAAAUAGAUUACAGAAUUGUAGACCAAUUCAUCUAUUUCAACAGCAACAACAACAAAAUAAUCAUUGCAACAAUGCAAAUAGUGAUAGUAGUAGUGGCGGUGAUGGUGAUAAUGCUGGACAACAAAGUCCACAAUCACCCAGCUCUGAAGAGGAUAAUUCACCAACAGAGAUGAAUAAUUGCAGACGUCUAGGUGAUAAACCACCAUUGGUAAAACGAUUAACAAUGGGAUUUUUAAAAUCAACAGAAGAUAGUCGACCCCUAGUUCAUAUACAUUCAUCACCGGGUACAAAUUGUUCACCAUCUAGAACAGCAUCAGAUGGUUAUGUUAAUGAAGCAAUAUGUGAACCAGAUAAAAUAAUUUCUAGUAAAUUUGGUGAUUCUUGUCGUCAAUCAUUAACAGCAUUACCAAUGUUAGAUUCUAGACAUUAUCAUGAUAGCCAUAGUGAAUUCAAUUUUAAAAAGAAGUACCUUAGAGAAACAAGUAGUGCAAAUUCAAGUCCUAAAAUGUAUGCACCAUCAACAGUAGUACCAUUACGUAUAGAUACAUUAAGUUUAGCUGAACAAAAUGAAUUAAGAGGUGCACCAUGGUUUCAAGCUGGUAUACCACGUGAAAUAUCAUUAGAAGUAUUAUCAAAACAAAAUCCUGGAGCAUUUUUAGUACGACAAAGUAGCACAAAACCUGGAUGUUUUGCAUUAUCAUUACGUUGUCCUCCACCAGCCGCAAAAGUUGCACAUUAUUUAAUACUUAGAACGCCAAGAGGCUAUAAAAUCAAAGGAUUCACAAAGGAAUUUUCUUCAUUACGAGCUUUAAUUACACAUCAUUCAGUGAUGCCAGAGCUAUUACCAAUACCCCUUUCAUUGCCACGACCACACCAUAAUUUAUCAUCGUCCCGAAGACACUGUGAUGAUUUUGAUACAUAUGAUUCGUUAGAUGAUCUCCGGAAACAAAUGUCCGAGAUUUAAGUAAAACAAAAUAUAACUGAAUAUACAAGGAUAUUUUCAUUAUGCAUAUAGAAAAUGUAUGUUUAUUAUAUAUACAGAUUACAACCUAGCGGCACAUACAUACUAUAUGUACAUACAAUGAAUAUUUAAAGGAAGGAUGAAGGAUGAAAAAAAGAAAUAAUAAUAAAAUCGGACCCAUAGGUUAAUCGUUUUUAAUUUUUUUUUGAAUUUGUUUGUUGUAUUUGUUGUUUGUUUUCCAUUUUUUCUAUUCUAUUCUUUUUUUUUUUUACUAUUGUAUUUUAUUUUUCGUACAUAUACACAUUUAUAAAUCUAAUUAAGCAUUCUAAAAACAUUUUUGUUAUAAUGUAAGAGAAAAAUACGAUAAAAAAAGCAAAGAAAAAAAUGUAUGUAUAUUUGAAAAUUUUGUAAGGAAGAAAACAUUAAACAUCACAUACAAAUAUUUUUA